AUGGACUUGCAGGCGGCGGAUGCAACGGAGGAGAGGCGGAGCCGCCGCGCCGCGGCCGCGAGGGUGGGAGAAAUCACGUCCGCGAUGGGCCGCGGGCUGCGCCGCGCCACCGCGGGCCUCGGCGAGGAGCUCAAGCGCACUUCGUUGGGUCCGGGGGUGGCGCCCCUCAAGGAGGGCGGGGGCAUCUUCAAAUCCGCCGCCGCCGCGGUGCUGCGGAUGGAGCGGCGCCUCAUGUCCACCGGAGAGAUCUGCCGCGUCGCCUUGUCGCGCGGCCUGAUCCGGUGCCAGGGCAAGACCCCCGAGGCGACCAUGGCGAGCGCGCUGUACACUGACGUCAAGCGCAAGGGGGAGGAGUCUGUGUUCACGAGACCCCUGGAGGGGUUAUUCGGCCUCAAGGAGUGGGACGCGGAGGGGUUCCAGCCCCCGGGGCCGGACGGGAAGCCCAUCACGGACCUCAUGGCGUCCAAGCUGUCGCGGUUCCGCCGCGGGCACGCCGCUGCGCGCGGUGCCAGGUCGAGGGCGAAGAAGAAGGACGACGACACCGACGGCGCCCCCGCGCCCUCCGCGACCGGCGGCGGCGCCGCGAAGCGUCCCCGCGCGCGCCGGGAGGACGCCACCGAGGACGAGCUCGACCCGUACGACGACGGGCGCGCAGGCAAGCGGCAAGCCAGGCGCUCGCUGCUCGGGGACCCGAACGCCAGCGGCGGGCAGCGCAGCCGCCACAACCGCGCCCGGCCGCGCAACGUCGCCAACGGCCGCCACGCGUCGCCGAGCCAUCACGCCACGCCGCCGUCGGGCGGGCGCGGGUCGGGCGGGCGCGACCGCGGGCUGCACGGGUCGGGGGGCGCGCACUCGCACGAGAACGUGGACUCGCCGCGGAUCUUCGACCUCCCGCUGGACGUGGGGGGCGCGCCGGACAUGAGCGCGCUGCUGGGCAGCGGGGGCAGCCUGCUGGGCCUGGGGUCCAGCCCGGGCAGCGCCAGGCCGCACAACUCGCCGGGGCUGUUCGGGACGGACCGGGGGAUCUUCGGGGCGAUCGCGGCCAUCCGGACGCCGCGCGGGGACCGGCCGGCGGACGUCGAGGCCAUGCUGGGCCUCCUGUCCCCCUCCGCGAGCAAGCAGCUCGACUACAAGACCUCGCCCGGACCGCGCCGCGCGCAGCCCGCCACGGGCGGCAGCGACGGCGACCUGGUCGUGGUCGGCGUGGGCGCCAAGCGCACCUACGAGGCCUACCUCAAGGCCACGACGCCCCGCGCGGGCCCGCAGGGUCCCGCGCACAUGCCGAACCCCGGCCAGGGCCUCCCGAACGGCGACGGCGCUCCCGCGCCGGGCGACUCGGCCGCCGCUGCUGCUGCCGCUGCCGCCGCCGCAGCGGUGUCCGGCAGCGGCAACGUCGUGCAGGACGCGGCGCUCGCGAACCUCGAAGCGACCGUCGCGAAGCUGCAGAAGACGCACGGCCCGCACGCGCCGCAGACGGGCAUCGCGCUCCUGCUGCUUGCGCGCGCACACCUCUACUCGGGCACGCACAGCGGGGCGGACCGCGCGGCCGUGGACCUGCACCGCGCGUGGGACUCCCUGUGCGCGUUCGCGCGGCAGACGGGCUACGCCGUGCGCUCGUCAGCGGAGGCCGAGUUCCGGUAUCUACAGGGCAUGGUGAAUGAGGUGCGGCAGCGGGCCAAGGUGGCGGCUGCGAAGGCGACGGCGGCGGUGGCGACGACGAGCGCUGGCGCCGGAAAGGGCGCUGCGGCCGGCGCGGGCGGCGGCGGCGAGGCGGACGCCGCGCGGCGGUGCAGUGCACGGCCGCGGCGCAGCAGGCGGCGCCGGAAGCCGCGGCGCCGGCCGCGGCGGGCGUUGAGGCGCAGUGAGCGCGCGCGGUGCGUGCGUCGCGCGGGAACGCACAUGUGCAGUUGCAUUUGA